GUUCGAGCCACGAAGCUCCCGCGGCAGCGUCAAACUUCAUCCAACUCUCUCUUUACUCGAUAAGGUUUAAGUGCGCUCCGUGUCUCGGUUUAGUUUGAACUCGUUCCAAAGUCUUCGAUCCAGGUUAUAUACGCUGGCAAAAAGUGACAAAUUAACUUCAAAACCAAAGACUAAAUACUCAGUGUACAAAUAAAUGUAUUCUUAAUUUAAAAAAAAAAAAAUUUGCUUGGGGGAAAAAACCGAAGCGUCCUGAAUGAAGCUAUGAGUCUGAUGAGCCUUACGACCGUCGCCUUGAAGAAAAAACACGAAAACGCCGCGUUUAUUUGUGCAUAUCCGCUGCAGCUGCAGCAGUGGUUGAAGUAAUUAGGAAUUCUUUUUUCAAGCGUCUUUCAAUCAUUUAAACUACCGCAGCUGAUUACCGACACUUCCUAACAAAUUUGGUGAGCCGUGCACAAAAAUUAGGCAAACUAAAAAAUAAAACUGCAGAAAGAAAGAAAUGAAAACGCCAAAGAGUGUAAACCAUCAAUUAACACGGAGUGAAGCUUUGAGAUAAUUAUGUAAAAAGGAAAUACGAGUCUUCGUUUGAAAUGCAAUCAGUGGUAUGCACUUUGUAAUAGAGACAUUAGAAUUAUCACGGAAUUUAGACAUUAGUCUAGUUUACUAGUUCAGAAAAAAAGAAAGGAAGAAAAAGGAAAAGAAAAUCACUUUAUAAAGUAGGCGAUAUAUUAUACACGGGACUGUGAUAAAUAAAAGUGUGGAAUAAAUAAUUGUCUAAACAAUAUUGACGUGAUCAUUUUUUCUAUGGUAUAGAGUUCUCCUAUAAUUUAUACCUAUAUCUUUGCAUAUAAAUGUUAAGACUGAGCAAUAACAAAAACGACGACAGAAUACGAAUCGCCGGUUAUUAAAACUAUCACCGCGUGUUACAAACCGAUACAUAUAUCCUUAACGAUAUUGUUUACAAUCGUUCGCAACUAUAGCUUCAUGCUAUUAGAGGAAGUAAAAUUUACGGUUUUAAACAUGGAGGCUUAAAUAUUAUGAUCAAUUAUACGAUUUUUUAAAUUUUACCUGCGAUGAUCGGCAAACUACUUUUGGCGGGUUGGAUACUUCAGUGUCUCACGAGUCUUAACGGGGAUCCAUCGGUGGGUGGUAGGUGGCCAACAACGGAAGACGAGGCUUUCGACGAAAUAAAUGACCGUGAGAUAUUCCGUGCGGUUGUUCAGUCGAUGCGUGAAUGGGAAGCACACAAAAAGCACAACCGUCGUUGGAAGAGGGAAGCCUCAAGAGUUUGCUACGAAGAUGUGGGCUGCUUUGAGGACACGGGACCGUUUGGUUACCUGGAAAUGUUGCCAUCACAUCCGAAGGAGGUCGGCACCAGAUUUUUGGUGUACGGUAGCAGAAAAGCGAGAUCAAUCCCUAUGGAUGUCCCAGCAGAGGAGAUCGCUGACAAAGCUUUUCAGGCCAUUGACCCAGAACUUCCUACCAAGGUCAUCGUUCAUGGAUUUGGAUCCAGCUGCGAUCACGUUUGGGUGUAUGAGAUGAGAUCUGCUUUAAUGUCCGUUCAUGAGUGCAAUAUAGUCUGCGUUGAUUGGGGUCCAGGAAGCGCAGUUCCAAAUUACGUUAGGGCUGCAGCAAAUACGCGGCUCGUUGGUCGUCAGCUUGCCAAACUCAUCCGGAAGUUAAACGUUCCUUUUGAAAAAGUUCAUCUCAUCGGAUUCAGUCUUGGUGCUCAUGUCGCUGGAUUCGCUGGAGCAGAGCUUGGGAAUGUUUCUCGUAUUACGGGGCUGGAUCCAGCUGGACCACUUUUUGAGGCUCAAGAUCCAAGAGCAAGACUUGACGCAACCGACGCCAGUUUCGUCGACGUUAUUCACAGCAAUGGAGAACAACUCCUCCUCGGGGGUUUGGGAUCCUGGCAACCCAUGGGAGACGUUGAUUUCUAUCCGAAUGGUGGCCGGAUGCAGACAGGAUGUUCGAAUCUAUUCCUCGGUGCCGUUUCCGAUAUCAUUUGGUCUGGUGCCGUCGAGGGAAGGUCUUUGUGCAACCACAGAAGAGCUUACAAACUCUUCACAGAUUCUGUGAGUCCCAGAUGCCGUUUUCCAGCAUUUCCGUGCGAUCACGGAUACGACGGUCUUAUAAAGGGCGACUGUUUUCCCUGCGGCAUAAAUGGUGCAGAUAGACCAUGUGGUGAUAUGGGAUAUUACAGCGACGAAUCUACCGCUCGGGGCCAACUCUACUUGGUCACAAGAGACGAGGAACCUUUUUGCGCUCAUCAGUAUCAGUUGAAAAUGUAUAAUAGUCGAGGAGAAAGACCAGCCAGAAGUUACGGAAAACUGCAAGUUUCUUUAAUCGGGGAAGGAACUCUUAACGAAACAUUCACCAUGACUCGUAAAGACGAUGAAGAACUCCUGGUUGGAGCAAUUCUGCAGAAGAUAGUCGUACCUCAUCCAGCAGUUGCAGAUCUGGAAGCCAUAGAGGUCAAGUAUACCGCGUACAGUGGAUGGAUUUCCUCCGGUCUGGUAUCAUGGAGUAUUGACAAGGUCUCAAUAAUCGAUAGCUUUGGGAAGAGUCUUUCGGUAUGCAAAAGGGGUUUGAUGCUGGAAUCUGGUCGCCCGAUUUAUCUACCCCUGUACCCAGGCGAGUGUAACAUACCUCCCGAUCCUGAGACAACCACAACGCCUCAAACAACGCCAUAUGAAGAACAGUUCCCUCCGGAAAAGCAAGGGGGUAUCGGCCCGUUUACAAAAGAACAGAACUACGAGAAGGAAACUUACCUGACUGAGAUCGUUACCGAGAAACAGCAGACUCGGCCUCAGAAAGGUUUGGGACCUUUUACCAAGGAUCAAAAUCCGAAGCCAUACGGUAAAGCGGGCUUUAAGUCGCAAGAUGGUUUUGGCAAUUCAAAGAAGAUCUUUGUCAAAGACACAUCUGUGGAGAGCGCGCCAGAUACACCAAAUCCAUGGGCGAUAGCUGACCUAGCUGACGGAGAUUCGAAUUCUCUUGAAAAUUCUGACGUAGAAAGUGGUAGAGGUUUUUCGGAGAGUACUUCCCUGCAAAGAACACCAACCACCACGAUUGAUCCAAGAACUUUUGAGACUUCUACGACAAGUUUAUACGGCGAAAUUCGGGAGCCAGUUCUGAAGCUCUUCGGAAAGGAGACUGGAAGGUCAUUAAAGCUUCCAGAAAUCACUGAACCAAUCCUCAGGCCCAGACCCGCGAGGCAAAAUGAAAAAAAUAACGGGAUCAGACGCAGCAGUAGAGGAAAACAGCACACGGAUUUGGUUCAAGAAAAUACUUCGAGAAGUUUUACCGUUCAAUUUCUGCCAGAAAGAUUAGCCGGUAUCUUGGCACACGCUGAAAGAUACGCAAGGCAGACUCUUCUGCCAUUAAUUUCACAGUAUACUCCCAGUUUCGUUGGGGGGCCGAGGUAUAAUCAACCAACGUACUUUCCUCCUUUGGGUGACAUCGUCAAUGAAAGUUUAGAGGAUUCGAAUUCGAGAGAGAUUGUGAAUGCAGAACAUGCCCCUUUGUCUAGCAGGGAGAACUCUGAUGAAGAGAGUUCUUCAUCAAUCGAGCAGAAUACUAGAGUGGGAAAGACCCUCGAUCCUGAAAACGUUUUUGCAAGAAAUAACCCGGACCAGAUCGCUAGUAUAAGUUCAUCAGAGGAGCUUACCACAGAGUCCUCCGAACUGAAAACUUCGAGUGAAAAUGGAAUUGGGGUAGUUUUAGACGCAAAUACGAAAGACAAUCAAGAAGCAACUCCUGAAACAAUUGUAGAGCCUAAACUGGGUAACUCUUCGCUUAGUAGCCGGGAGUCUGAGGGUAGAUGGCUAACGGAAGAAGGUACUUCUUGGUCUAAGGAAGAGGCUGGAGCCGGUCCCGAAACAAAAAUUGAUGAUUGGAUACCGAUUGUACCCGCAGAAGGGCGUCAGUCCCAAAAACCGGUUAGCUCACCCCCAGCAAAAGAUGAUGCAGACCGCAAGUUCAUUCCUCUACUCGACUUUGCCAAUCCUGACGAAUUCUUUGCGUCUUCCACAUCCAAGAGUGCCAAUGAAAUUCCAGGGAAUUCAUCGACAGAAGAUGAUGGUUUUGUCGGAAGCACAACCACUCAGUCAUCUACGCAUAUUCAAAAGAUACCUGCCCGAUUUGACAUCAAGGAUGGUGUAAAAACACCGAAAUCUCUUGUCUCCACUGUAUUUCCAUAUAUUUACGAAAGAAAAAACGAUCCUAGGACGAGGUAUAUUCCACUUCUUCCCGAUGAGGAUAUGCGGCCUUCUGGUCUGGCGUUCGAGAAAACUCGUUGAGCCCCUAUAGCCGCAACGAUAAGUCUUUCCUCAGUUUCCUGAAUCGCACGAUCCGUUCAUUUUGCUCAUUUUUAUUUUUUCU